GGGCUUAAGUUUUUAAGCCGACGCAUGUAGAAAAUUAUUAUUUUUUUAAUAGAAAUAGGGAAUUAAUUUAGAUUUAAGCAAUUUUUAAGGAAACCAAUAAAAGAAGAUGAACUAAUAAAAGAAGUAAGAGAGAGUGAGAGAAUUAGUGGAACAAAAAUGGAGUCAUCAGCAAAAUGGGUAGUCAAUGAAGAUGAACUACUGGCAUGUUGUGGCAGCACUAAGUUUGCCAAACAAAUGGCGGCUUUAUCCCCUUUUUCCAAUCUUCAUCAAACUAUUGAAUCUGCUACGAACAUCUGGUUCAACCAGGUUGAUGUUUAUGGGUGGCUUGAAGCUUUCUCAGCUCAUCCUCAGAUUGGCCAAUCUCCUUCUUUAUCACAUGUUGGUGAGACUUUUGCCCAGUGGAGCAAGGGAGAGCAGUCAACUGCUAUGAAAUCAGCUACUUCCACUACAUUACAGGAACUGACUGAGUGGAAUGCCCGAUAUAAGCAAAAGUUUGGAUUUGUCUUUCUUAUUUGUGCAUCCGGGAGAAGUACAGCAGAAAUUUUAGCUGAAUUGAAGAGACGCUACUCAAACAGGCCUGUAGUGGAGCUUGAAAUAGCAGCUCAGGAACAGAUGAAAAUUACAGAACUGCGUCUUGCCAAACUCUUCUCGGCAAAGUCAAGCACUGAUGCAGCCACUGAAUUUCAACCUGCGUCUGUCACUGCAAAAGCUAAUGAAGAUCGCCUGAGCAUGAUCAAUUCUCAUCUCAUCUCUUCAUCUGAUUCUUCCGGAGAGAAAAAAUCUCAAGCUCCUAAGAGGAACCGGCCACCCAUCACAACCCAUGUCCUCGAUAUGGCAGGUGGUCAUCCUGGGGCAGGGAUUGAAGUACAGUUGGAGGCAUGGAGGGGUCCAGAGCCUCGCCCUUCGUUUCCCGGAUCAGAUCCAAGUGGCUGGACUCUGGUGGGAUCUGGUAAGACAGACAAUGAUGGUAGAAGUAACCCGUUAAUGAACAUUGUUGAUGCAGUAACUCCUGGUACAUACAGGAUUAGCUUCAACACAGGCAAGUACAACCCCUCGGGGUUUUUCCCUUUUGUCUCUAUAGUGUUUCAGAUCACAGAGUCACAGAAGUUCGAGCAUUUUCAUGUGCCACUGCUGUUAGCUCCUUUUGGGUUCUCAACUUAUCGUGGAAGCUAGGAAAUUAAACUUGUGGAAGCUGUAAUUGCUGAUGAAUGGAGGGGAAAAUAGUGUUUGUCUUGCUAAUAAUGCAUUCCACUCCACCUCAACACCUCAUUCAUAGAGCUAUAAGCUAGGGAUUAAGGUCUGAAGUAUACAGUAUACCAAGUGGUCGUUUGGUUACCAUAGGAAGUAGAAAUUUUCAUGAACGUGUAGUAUGGGAUUUUGAAGUGUUUGUUGCAUUUAAGACUUUAGUAAAUUGACAAGGAUAAGAGACAGACGCUAUCACGCAAUAAAGGACUGUCUAGUCAAAGAUUAUACAAGCAGAAGCUAUUAUCUAUCUUGUGAUGCAGAUUUCAUUUCAUGUUGACCAUGACUAAACGUAACACGGGAAAUCCGAUUAUUUUGCUUUCCUUUUUUUGCAAAAUUUAUGUCAAAGAACAUGUAUUUCAAGAAAAUCUAUAUUCAAAGAUAUUCUUA